UUGACUCCCUCUCUGUUGCAUAUGAUCUGCUCUUCACUUCUUCCCAGCUGAAGCAGGAGAUAACAGCACAAUACCCACAGUGAGCACAAAGGAAAAAACGAGAAGAAAAGGAAGAGACAGCCGCGCUUCUGUAGAUCGAAAGAACACUUUUCCCCGUGACUUCAGUAAGAGAGUCCGAGACCAGCAUUAGCAGCCAGCUACCGUGAGUUAAAGCUUCUGCCUGGCUGCCACAUCCAGCAAUGAGUCGAAGGGAGGCUCUGGUGGGGAACCCUGCGCCCAGCGCGGCGCCUGAGGUUCCGGGCAACAGCACAGAGGCAUCAGGGCCCGGUCCACAUGAGACCAAAGACGAGAUGUUCUCUAAAGUCAAAGACAAGUUCAUGAAUGAACUGCACAAAAUUCCACUGCCAUCAUGGGCCAUCGUCGCCAUUGCGUUCGUUGCUAUUGUACUAGUUGUUUCCUGCUGCUUCUGCGUCUGCAAAAAGUGGAUCUUGAAGAAGAAGAACAAGAAAAAGGGAAAAGACAAAGGCAAGAACGCCAUCAACAUGAAGGACGUCAAAGACGGUAUCAAAACCGAGGCCUUUAAGGAUGAGGAUGAUGCGGAAACAGGGCUGACGGAUACGGAAAAAGACGAGGAGCCAAAGGAGCAAGAGAAACUCGGCAAAUUACAGUACUCCAUGGAUUACAAUUUCACAGAGAAUACGCUCAUAGUGGGGAUCAUCCAAGCAGCAGAGCUACCUGCCAUGGAUAUGGGUGGCACUUCUGACCCAUACGUGAAGGUCUACCUUCUUCCAGACAAGAAGAAGAAGUAUGAGACUAAGGUGCACCGGAAGACACUGAACCCCGUUUUCAAUGAGCAGUUUACCUUUAAGGUUCCAUACACUGAGCUGGGAGGAAAAACUCUGAUGAUGACGGUAUAUGACUUUGAUCGCUUCUCCAAGCAUGAUGCUAUCGGAGACGUGAAGGUGCCCAUGAAUAAGGUGGAUUUCAGUCAUGUGACCGAGGAAUGGAGGGACCUGCAAAGCGCUGAGAAAGAAGAGCAAGAGAAGCUAGGUGACAUCUGUUUCUCUCUGCGGUACGUGCCCACUGCUGGCAAACUGACUGUGGUCAUCCUGGAGGCCAAAAACCUGAAGAAGAUGGAUGUUGGUGGCCUGUCAGAUCCCUACGUGAAGAUCCACCUGAUGCAGAACGGCAAGCGUCUGAAGAAGAAGAAAACGACAAUCAAAAAGAACACCCUCAACCCUUACUACAACGAGUCUUUUAGUUUCGAAGUGCCAUUCGAACAAAUCCAGAAAGUACAAGUUGUUGUAACUGUUCUGGACUAUGACAAGAUUGGCAAGAACGAUGCCAUCGGCAAAGUGUUUGUGGGCUUGAACAGCACAGGCACUGAGAUCCGUCAUUGGUCAGACAUGCUGGCCAAUCCAAGGAGACCCAUCGCUCAGUGGCACGUGCUCAAGCCAGAAGAAGAAGUGGAGGCCCAGCUGGCUGCUCAGAAAAAAUAGAGCAGCCCAAACCCCCCAAAUCUAUCCGUGUAGUGCUCUUUACCCAGUGCGUGUAAAUACCUCAGUGAUAUAAAGAUUCAUGCACCCUCAUUUUUUAUUUAUUGUCUUACAAAACUGCCAUUUUCUGUAUUUGGACAACCCAUCUCCUCGAGAUGUUGUGUUGUCACGUCAGUUUCGAAUCCUUACCGUCCAAAAAACUUUUCCCUCUCCUAUAUCGUUUCACCGCCAUCCAUAACUUUAAAAUCCCCAACCAAAUGCCCCCUUAUUUUAAGCAAUAUGAUCUGUAUAGAUAGCGCAUGACUGGAGGAAUUUAUUGUACCACAGGUGUAUAUAUCAGUAUGCAGACAAAAAAGAUUUCUAGUUUAUGUGUUUGUAUGUUGUUACCCGUUUCCUAAUCUGUGUAUAUCUCAAUGUUUUUAAUAAGAUGUUCUAUUUUAAAUUAUGUAAAUGCAGACAUAGAAGAGCCAAUAUUAUAUAUAACGGGAUUUAAGAAUUUUAACUUAUUGCAUUCCACUAAAAUAUGCGAUAUAUAUCUAUAUCUAUAUAUAUAUAUACAUAUUUACGAGUUAAAGAAUUCCAAUCUGCAAGAUGCUAGUGGAGGUAAACUCACUUCGUAAAGGACGAUUUUGCGCUUCAUGUUUACUUAAAAAAACAAAUACAGAUAUACACAUGAAAUACACACACAACACAAAGGCCAUUAACUAAUAUGGUUUCAUGAUAUAAAUAGAAUAUGCUGCUGGAAAUUAUACAAGCACAUGAUUUCGUAACAACGUUUUUGUACUCAUUUCUCAAACUGAGGACCUGUGCACUUCGCUUUUUAAACGACUAUAUUUACAGGAAUUGUUACUUGACGAAAACCAAUCAGCCUUUUCUUUUUUUCAUUUCUCAUGCCAACAGACCUUCAAAUUGUGAUGCUGUUAACUUUUAGUAAAACGGGUCCCCAGUUUGCUUCUUUUUUUUGUUUGUUUGUUUUUUGAUUUCUGAAACCCUUUUAUCUUCCCGAAUCCAAUUUGUCUCCUUUACAAAACUGGAAACCGACAAUUUAUGGGACAGUCAAAAGCUGUAGCCAUUGUGUCCUUGAAGCUAGAUUAACAAUGUGUUUGUGAACUUUUCCUUUUAAUAGUCUUGUUCUGUUGAGGAUUUACGGUUCAGCCUCCAAAAAUUGAAACCAGGAGUUUUGACUCUAGCUUUAGGACUACUACUUUUUAGAUUAAGUCAAGUCGUCUGAAUAUUUUUGGUAACUGCAUGAUUUUUUUUACGAUCUUUGCUAAAGGCUGGGUAAUGGGGGGGGGGGGGAGUUCUAUUUACACCGGGGCGUCUAUUUCAAAAGACUCCCUUGCCUUCAAUCAAAAGGUAAUCAACCUUUGAGGGACCGGCACAUUUGAAGUGGUCAGUCCAGAUGAGCCAACGUAUUAUACGACGUUGGCGGAGGAGAGGCGAGCUUUUAAACACUGCCAUUCUUUUCAGGGAGGUACCAAGUGUACGUGACCCCUCCCUCCAUGCACACUCCACUUAGAGUAGUGGUUGUAGCUUUGGUUCAUUGAGGAACAAUGUAUUUUGGCCACAAUGGUGCCCUAAACAGCAGUCUUUGCUUUUUGUUGCCUUCUGACAGUGACAAUAGAGUUAGCCAUGCUUAACUGCCAAUCCUUUCCCCCUUUGGCUACUGUUUUGCACUGUACCCUCUGUAAAACGUCAGUUGCUUCAAGGCAACAAUAUAGUUUUAUAUUGGACAUCAGGUUGGAAAAUGAGCUCCAACUCGCGUCCAAGACCUCAGCUUGCACAGUCUAUUCAAUCAAAACUACACGAAAGCAACAAAGGCCAAGUUUAACACCACAAGCAUUAGCCAAUCUUUAACAAUAACCGUAAAAGUUAAUGGUCUGCACAGGUGAUUACGUUACAUUCUAAUGUCCUUUACUACGGGUCUAACAAGAGGGUGAAUAAGAGUUUAGUCCAUUAAAACCAUGAGUUAUCUCGGAGGAACCUCUUGUGUACACUAGAUGCUAGCUUCAGACGGAGUUACUAAGUGUUUUCAAUGUUACUAUGUAGGUGAUAGCGCUGUUCCUUAAAACUAAAAAGAAGAAAAAAAGCUGUUCGUCAUUCCAUAGGAGUCUUUAGAGACUGCUUUGUGUAUCACUGUGACUGCGGUGUGUGCUUAGCGUUGUAGUUCUCAGUAGGUAGCGACCACCUUGUACUAUAGUGAUGUUGUGCUACCAUUCCUCUAUUGCAUAAACGGAGUGCAAAUGAAUUAACGAAAGCACAUCAGUCAAGCAUCGUCAGUUUCUAAUAACCGCGGGCCGGCGUGACGACAAGAAGGCAAGACGAUUCCAAGCGCACGUGGGUCGAUUCACACAGCAUUUUGUUGAGCACUGUGCAAUAUGUGUAUGUUCAUUCCCUAGUGUUCAAAUGGGGGGACAAAAAUACCCCAAAAAUGAAACCCUAUACAGUGAAACGUAUUCCAUAGACCAUAGUCUAGUUAGGUCGCAGCACAUUGUGUGUAGUGUGGAGCUCAAUAUGUGUAAACCCGUUAGGGAUUCCUCCAUUUCUUUGCCCCGUUUUUCCUGCACACAGAUCCGACCAUCCAAAUAUUCGGGUAAAGGUUUAGGAUGUACUCUAAACAUGAGAAUUUCUCUAUAUAAAUGAAGAUAUUAAAAUCCAUACCCAUCCAAAAUAGGUGUAUAUAUUUUUAUAUUUGUCCUGAUAUAAUUUCCUCAUCACCAUGAAUAUAAGAGAACUGUAUCUUGUUAUUGAAACUUAUAUGUUGUACUAUUAAUGAUUGGCUGUACCAUUUUGUUACCGCUGUUAUAAUGACAUUCAUGACUAUUAUCUGGUUAUUGUUCCUUUAGUGCCCUAUUGAACACCAUUUUAUAUUUAUUAUGGAAAUCAGAAUGUACAGUAUGGACUGUGUGUUUUGUUUUUACUUCUUCUUGUGGGACCAAGUAUAGUUGGCACUUUCAUUUCAAUGUUGCAAUAAAUAUUGAUUCAUGUGUUUCAUUCAUAGCUGAAUAUAAUUUCUUACCUUGUCGGAGAGAUUUAACCUGGAGGAGGACUCCAGACAUCUUUAACGUAUACUCGCAACUAUAGGUACAAAUUAUUACUCUACUAAAGCAACUCCUAUGUUAACUUAUCUACUCUUAUUUAUCUACAAUAUCUUAAUAUAUAUACAAAGCUUGUUUAAAAAAACAAGGAUAAGAUGCCGUUUCGAGAAUUAUUACAGUAAUCUAUUUAUUUCUUAGCAAAAGGGUGAUUGUAAUAUCAGGUGUCUACCCGUCAAUAAAAAAUCCAGAACUGGACAUACAGAACAGUAAAAGACAGCAUUGCUUAUUGAACUUCAGAGGUUUGUAAAGUAGUAUGAAAAGCCAUUUCUAGCCCUGCAAAGCAAUGCUAUCUUUUUCUCAAGCUUACCAAAGCACGCCAACAGCUCUGACAACUGCACCCAAUAAGCGCCACAUAAGAAAAAUCCCAAACAAUACUCCGAUACUUGACGACGACAAAACGCCACAUGUAACCUUUCAAGGAAAAGCUGUGUAAAGAAUUAGAAUCUGAUGCUGUAGGGAAAUCCUAGUUGCCUUUGUGUAUAUCAACUGCCUGCUUGAGUAUUUUUGUGUGUGGAAAUUUUCUCUGUAAUCUUGUAGAACUGUUCGGGGUGUUUUUCCUGCCAUACUGCUGCCCAAGCGGCCAGCUGACAGUUAUAUUGCUGUAUACCUUCAUUUUUGAUGAGGUGUUUUACAAUUUCGUUUCACUUUGUGUAGUGAUUCACUCUGUGGAGUUUCUGACUGUUGUUAUAUAACUUCAUAUACACAAAUGUUCAAUAAAAAUGUUUUAUUUCCUGUU